CCUGGAUAUUGGAGCCUGGCGGCGCACACGGGUAUUGAAAUAAAGGGGAAAAGAAGACAUAAGGGAGGCGAUGGUAAUUGCAAAGGAUUCAUUGCACGGUGGCAGGGACAUGAACAUAAACUUGGCACCUUGUGCUUUCAGAUAUUAAUUUGAGGAUUUUUGGUCCAUGGACUUGAUUUUUCCUGAGGCACCGAUAAGGUGAUGCGGCAGGACGGGAUCGGUCCGCUUCACGGCUGCCAGCUACAUGCCUUCACUGGAGGAAAAAAGGCGCAGCACACGUCCAUCGCAGGCCGGCUUAAUCUUUUAUUAAAAUAAAGCAGUAUGUAGAGAGGACCAACCGCUUCAGCGUUGCGAUACACCACGGGUUACUUUCAUUACUGAAUAGGCUUGUCAGUUUGGCUCGGUUGAGAGACGCUGCCACGGCAUCAGGCCUGUACCGAAACACCUUCUGUUUCGCGAUAUUUACCGUUUCAAACGCAUUAUGUCGCGAGGAACUUUUAAUUCUUUACCAUAAACAACUAAAGGUAACGGAAGCGUCUAGUGCUUUCACAUGAGUGAAUGCACAUUGUCUGUGCGCGGUAGCCUAGUUUUUACUUGUUUCGUUUUGUCCUAAGCUGGUGGUGUUGGACCGAUAACAUUGUGUUGCUAGUUGAAGAUAAUUAAUAAGCCUAACGGGCGGUGAGGGAGGACUCGCUGUUUAUCUUGCAGAUAACGACUCGACCCAACACGCCUAAAUCAAACCGAGGAUCAUGGAUCAGAAUGAUAAAAAGACCCUCACGAGGAAGAGGAAUCAGUUCUUCUGAUCUACAGGACAACUUCCGUUUCUACGAGAUAAACAGACAUGUGGCUGUAAAGCUCGCAUUCACCGCAACGAGAUAAUAGUGUGGCUUACACAAAACAACCUUGACUUUUAUCCCAUCAUAUUCAGUUUAUUCGCAAAAUAUGACCACGCCGGCUCUUUUGCCACUCUCGGGACGUAGGAUACCGACGCUCUCGCCAGGUGCCUCCUCAUUCCCCCACCACAGAGCUACCUUACGGCUCUCGGAGAAGUUCAUCCUCCUCCUCAUCCUCAGUGCCUUCAUCACCUUGUGCUUUGGAGCGUUUUUCUUCCUCCCAGACAAUUCCAAACAUAAGCGCUUUGACUUUGGUUUGGAGGAUGUGUUGAUACCGCACAUUGAGUCAGAGAAGGAGGCGAGGCAUGGCAGCAGACAGGGCAUACAUGGUGUGGGUGCACACGAUGAGAAUCAGCACAGGGAGGAGGAGGAGAGUCUUCGUGACAAGAUCCGGGCAGAUCAUGAGCGGGCGCUACAGGAAGCCAAGGAAAAGCUUCGCAAGUCCAAAGAGGAGCUGAAGGCAGAGAUCCAGACAGAGAAGACCAAGGUGGCUGAGGACCUGAAGAAGAAAGAUGGGCCCAAACCACUGCCUCCAGUACCCAUGCCCAAACUGGUAGGGGUCAACGAUGGUGACCCAGGGAACCCUGACAUCAAGGAAAAGAGGGACAAAAUCAGAGAGAUGAUGAAGCAUGCAUGGGACAGCUACAGACAAUAUGGCUGGGGCCACAACGAGGUCAAACCUAUCGCCAAAAAAGGACAUUCCACCAAUAUCUUCGGGAAUUCCCAGAUGGGGGCUACUGUAGUAGAUGCCCUGGACACCCUCUAUAUAAUGGGUCUCCAUGACGAGUUUAAGGAUGGCCAGGAGUGGAUCGAACAAAAUCUGGAUUUCGGCGUGAACGCAGAAGUAUCUGUCUUUGAGGUGAACAUCCGCUUCAUUGGAGGGCUUCUGGCUGCUUACUACCUCUCAGGACAGGAGGUUUUUAAGGUGAAGGCUGUCCAGCUGGCAGAGAAGCUGCUUCCUGCCUUCAACACCCCAACAGGUAUCCCCUGGGCCAUGGUCAACCUGAAAAGUGGAGUGGGGCGUAACUGGGGCUGGGCGUCAGCCGGUAGCAGUAUUCUGGCAGAGUUCGGGACGCUUCACAUGGAGUUUGUGCACCUGACAUAUUUGACAGGAAACCCUGCCUACUAUCAGAAGGUGAUGCACAUACGGAAGCUGCUGGCUAAAAUGGAUAGACCCAAUGGGCUUUACCCAAAUUAUCUGAAUCCUCGGACAGGACGCUGGGGCCAGCAUCACACCUCUGUGGGUGGCUUGGGCGAUAGUUUCUAUGAAUACCUGUUGAAGGCCUGGCUCAUGUCCGACAAAACCGACACAGAGGCACGCAAGACCUACGACGAUGCAAUCGAGGCUAUCGAGCGCCACCUCAUCCGCAAGUCCAACGGCGGUCUUACUUUCAUCGGGGAGUGGAAAAACGGCCACUUGGAGCGCAAGAUGGGCCACCUGACCUGCUUUGCUGGGGGCAUGUUUGCCCUGGGGGCUGAUGGGUCACCGGAUGAUAAAGCUGGACACUAUCUGCAGCUUGGAGCAGAGAUCGCCCACACCUGCCAUGAAAGCUACGAUCGCACUGUGCUGAAGCUCGGACCAGAGGCCUUUAAGUUUGACAGCGGUCUGGAGGCAGUUGCUGUGAGACAGAAUGAAAAAUACUACAUCCUCAGACCAGAGGUCAUCGAGACUUACUGGUACAUGUGGAGGUUCACCCACGAUCCCAAGUACAGGCAGUGGGGCUGGGAGGCAGCACAGGCUAUAGAAAAGUACUGCCGAGUUAGUGGAGGAUUCUCUGGGGUUAAAGAUGUCUACUCCUCCAACCCCACCUACGAUGAUGUCCAGCAAAGCUUCUUCCUGGCCGAAACUCUUAAGUAUUUGUAUCUGCUGUUCUCCAGCGAUGAGUUGCUGCCACUUGAGAGCUGGGUCUUCAACACGGAGGCGCACCCUCUGCCUGUCCUACACCUUGGCAACAUCACCCUACCUGGCAGUGAGACCCAGCGGUAGAGUGGACUCACUGAGGGGGCGCUCUCCCCCUCACUCACCCCUUUUCUACACACCUCCCUCCUUCUAAAAGACUGCAUCCACCAGUGCAAAGGAGAGGAGAGAUCUUUUCCCACCGACCACUUUCUCCUCUUAGGCUGUGAAUGAUCUGAGUGCAACAAAAAGAGGGGACCAGAUUGACCCUUUUUACUCAUCUAUAAAUGUCUCUCUUAUAUAUUCUCUGAAGGACAGACUACCAGAUAAGCUCACGGAUUGAUCACGUGACUCUCUUCUUGUGACUGGACAGAGUGCUGGUGUAAAUGUGAUCCUGUCCAUUAGCAGACAAAGAGACCUUCUGAAAUGUAUGUGCGUUUUCUUUGCGGGGAUGAAUUUACGUUUCUUUUUUCCCAAUUUGGCGGCAUUUCCUGUGAUCAACUCACUCAAUCACUGCAAAAUAGCAGAUAAAUGGCUCUCGGACCAGACUGCCUUUUGGAGACUCUCGCCCUCUGAGCUUUGUGCUGGAACUGAUGUGCGGCGGGCUCCUGGGGGCGGCAGAUGUUGGCAGUUGACCUCCUGUGAAAACUCUCUCCAGCUGAGGCUGAAUUUAGGCCAGAGGCACCCAGGGAUGUGUUGUCCUUUCCUCUUGCACCAGGAUUUCUGUGUGUGCUGCUCUUGAAAUAUUCCGCUAUCUCUCUAAACAAUCUGAUCCAUGUUUCCGUCAGCUUGCAGUGCUUUCAGAUUGUUGAGGUUAUCUGGUAAAACGGCCCUCUAGUUAUGUACAUUUGCUGCUAUUGAACAAAUGCUGCCACCCGACAUGUAUCAUCGGUUCAUUCCAGAAACCUGCAAUCCAUUUCUCUCCAUUCCCACCUUACUUUUUAUCCCUCUUGUGAAUUAAAGAAGGGAUUCAUUGGGCACUGGUUUGAAACAACAUGAGUGAGUUGGAGUUUGGUUUGCCACAAAAUUAACACCUGAAGCAGCUGUAGUUUUAAGAGAAGUCUUUCAACAACAGUUAUCACAAAUACCGGCCAACAGGAGGGUAGAGAUUUAGAUUUUCAUAAAAUAUAUUGUCCAUGUCCUUGGCAUGAAUCUCAGAUCAAAUGAAAACAAAUAUCUAAACUGAUGUUUGGUGCAAAAUUGCAUACAACUGUAUAGUAGACUGGGAUGUUUGAAGGAUUUAGACUUCCAAACUGAGUUUAAAGACUUACCAGGCUGGAAAACAAUUUCUCCAUUAUAAAUUAGGUUUCCUGAAACACUAUGGCCCACAGAUAAACAGAUUCAAGAUUUGUAGAUCUCAAGUAGCCUUAUUCAAAGUUUGGUCAGUCAAAUUUAAUACCUGCAGCUAGUUGUGUUGGACAUUUUUUUUGUUUUGUUUUAUUUAUUGGGGGGGGGGGUUGUGUUAUUCAGUAACACAUUCUCAGCACUAUGCUUUCAAAAUUAUUUAAAAAAAAAUUACCUCCCUAAUUUUUAAAAUGGCCAUGCUAAAACUCUCUGUCUGAGAACAUUUAAUGUAGUAGACCAGAGAUGAAAAAGCUAACUUUCUGAGCCGAUGUAUGAUAGGUCAUGAAGAAACUGAAAAUAAAUCUUUAAAAAAUCUUUUUUUUUUUUUUUUCUCUCUAAAUUCAAGCACCAUUAACUGGGUGGAUACUGGGUGUAUAUGUGGUGCACUAUGUGAUGUCAUUGAUUGGCCCUCCUGAAGUACCUCUUUCUUUCUCCUCCCAUUUUUCCUCUCUAAAGCAUCACCUUUUCUCAUACCAUUCUGGUCAUGUCUACAAGAGGUACUGUAUGUCCUUUCCUCCCAUCUAGAUGGCAGCAUUGGGGUCCUGCUGGCACAGUAUGUUUUCAUUUCUUUCCUUUUCUCCUUGUAACAUCCCUUUGACUAAUGGCUAAAGAAGCCCGGGACAGCAUUCAUCCCUUCUGUUGUUGGGUGGAUUUAAAAAAAAAAAAAAGCUGUGUUCUGUAUUUGUAUUUUUACUGACCAAAAAACAUUCAUUGUAAAUAUGUUUAAAAUGCCACAUAAAUUCAAUAAAGAUGUUAUAAAAAGCGAACGGAAUAAAAAAAACAAAAAAACAA